CAUCUGCGUGCAGCUUUUAGAGUCAGCAUCACGUGUCAGUGCUAAACAAGUCUUCUCAAAAAUCAGACUGGAGAGCAUUUAAGCAGAGGCUGACCUCCAACACGCAGCCUAUGGAGUUCAACUAUGUCUAUUUUCAGGACUGUUUUAAAUGACUCUGUCAUCUUUCAUCCUCCAGGCUUCUAUAUCAUUGGAUUUCAGACAUUUCCCUUCAUCAGUGUCUAUUUCAUCUUUCUGGCAUUUGUCUAUGUGGUUACAGUGCUGUUCAACUGUUUGGUGAUCUGUGUAAUUGUCUUUAAUCAUUGCUUACACACUCCAAAGUUUCUGGCUGUUGUCAAUCUUGCAGUAAUUGAUAUAGUCCUUAACACAUGCCUUAUUCCCAACAUGAUAAAAGCAUUUCUUGUCAAGGACAACUUCAUUCCAUUCAACUUGUGUUUGGUACAAAUGUUUGUCUACUAUGCUUUUGGGACUUUGGAGUCAUAUGCACUUGCUAUACUUGCCUAUGACAGGUUGAUUGCAAUAUGUUUCCCUCUGCGUCACAACUCCAUCAACACACUGCGGAGCAUGUCUUGUAUUGUUGGCCUGUCUUGGGCUUUUGCUCUGGGAAUCAUUGCAUUUGCCGUGGCUAUAAUGACUCGACUGUCUUUUUGCCAAUCCCUCAAAGUGUUCAGCUAUUUCUGUGACUAUGCACCUGUGUUUAGACUCGCCUGUAAUGAUUACUCAAUGCAGUGGUCUGUGGCCAAUUUUCUUACUUUCUUGCUCCUUGUAGGACCCUUUACUUUUAUUCUUCUGACAUAUACGAGCAUCCUGGUGACUGUAUUCAGGAUGAAAUCUUUAGACAGUCGAGUCAAAGCUUUGGCUACUUGUGUUGAGCAUAUCAUCCUUGUUGCUGUAUUUUACAUUCCUCUCAUUACCAUUUUUACUAUAGGGUUUAAUCUGCGUUUAAUUGACCCAGACCAGCGUGUGCUGAGCCUGUCGCUGGCCUCUUGUAUCCCACCCUGCGUCAAUCCUAUUGUAUAUUCUCUGAAAACUAAAGAGAUCAAAAUCAGAGUCCUGGCGCUGGUAAGGAAAACUAAAAUCUGUACAGACCAACAAAAGAACAAACCUUGGAGGGUUAAUAAAAGAUCGCAUAAGUUCAGGUAGUGGGUCAAAGGGCUACCUAGGCUCUUUUUGUCCAGAUUGCUUCAUUACAACAGGUUUAAUAUGGGCUUUAAGAUGAUGUGUUUUGACACUGCACAGGUGUUGUGUCGAAGUCGGUUUCCCCUUACUUCACCUGACCUCAACCCAACGCAUUUUUGCAUGUGAGGUUUGGAUUAUGUCUGCAAGAUUGUGUUCAUAUAUAUAUAUAUAUAUAUAUAUAUAACAGAUAAUUUGUCUACCUCCUGAUGUUGCUUGUGAUGACAAACUUAACUACAUUUACAAAUUCCAAAUGCUUGAACUCCUCUACAAUGUUAUACUUGAUGAGAUGUUCCACUGAUUAAAACUACUGAAUUAUUACUUUAGCAGGGCAGCUAUGAGUCAGAUCAGUGCAUCAUGGGGGAUGCUCUCACAGCAGCUGAUGUCAUCGUAUGUCUCACUGAUUAAUUUGGCACCUGUUUAUGAUUCCAUGUAUCCUGCUAUCUGAUAUCAUGUGGUGUCACCAUGCAGCCCCGUCUCCUAAAAAGUGUACCUUUUUUUCUCUUCACCACAGGGAAAUUAUUAUACCUGUUUAUGUUUAACCUAAAAGCACUUAAGUUGUGUAAAUAUCAUUUAAGUAGACUAAAAACAUCAUCAUAUGUGU